AUGAUGUUGGAGGUUGUUGGCCAAUUUGGAACAGGGCUCCCACCUCCUACCAGAUAUUCUUUGUGUGACCCGCUUCUAAAGCAUGAGGUUGAAAGAACAAAAAGUUUGUUGAAAAAAAACGAAGAAGAAUGGAAAGAGAUUGGAUGCUCGAUCAUGACAGAUGCUUGGUUUGAUAGAAAAAGAAGAAGCAUUAUGAAUUUAUGUGUAAAUUCAAGAAUGGGUACCGUUUUUAUAUCAUCAAAAGAAUGUUCCAAUGAAUCACAUACAAGUCAGUACAUAUAUGAUUAUGAGGAAUCUUGCAUUCAACAAGUUGGUCCUGAUCAUGUUGUUCAAGUUGUGACCGAUAAUGUCACGAAUAACAUGGGAGCUGCAAAGUUACUACAAGAGAAAAGACCAACUAUUUUUUGGACAUCAUGUUCGACACACACAAUUAACCUUAUGCUCGAAAGUAUCGGUGGACUUCCAAGAUUUGGAGCGGAUCUUGCAAUUAAAGGUUGUAUGGUGAACAAUGCCGAAUUUGAUCCGGCAAGAUGGUGGGGACUUUUUGGUGGCUCAACUCCUCAUUUGAAAAGGAUUGCAAUGAGGAUUCUUUCUUUAACUAGUAGUUCAUCGGGUUGUGAAAGAAAUUGGAGCACGUUUGAAGCGGUACAUACAAAGAAACAGAAAAGAUAA